AUGAUGUUUUCUUGGGGAGAGCAGUGUUCCCGCGGGUUCAGGCUCAGAGAUGGAACUUACGAAUCCCAAAACAGAAAAAAGAAAGGAAUUUAUCAUCUGGACCUGGGCUUUGACAUCACUCACCUGUUUGAGGGUCUGCGCCUACUCUCGUUCGUCAAAAGCAAUGGAAAUGCAUUUAUUAUUCACAAGACUGAGGACAAGAGCGGGACGAGAAGCAGAGGGAAACAGAAGUGUGUGGAGUGUAAAGACAAGAUCAGAGCUGUGAGCUGUACCGAUGAAGAGGUGAUGCUGCUGACCAGGAAGGGCCAGCUGCUCUGUGUGGGCAAAGGCCAUCCACGGCCAUUGAAAUGCUUCAGUGGUUUACAAGUGUUCCAGGUGUCAUGUGGAAGCAAGCAUUCGAUUGCACUGACCAAAGAUGGGCAGGUGUUCACGUGGGGACAGAACUGCAGAGGUCAGCUGGGUCUGGGGCCGGACGUGCCCAGUGCCACCUCCGUGGUGCAGGUGCAGAGUCUGUCAGACCUGCCCCUGGUGCAGGUGGCAGCAGGAGCAGACCACAGCUUCAGCCUCUCUUUAUCUGGAGCGUUGUUCGGCUGGGGCAGCAACUCCUGUGGCCAGCUGGGCCUGGGGGACACCACAGACAGACACAGUCCGACUAUUGUUCAUUAUCUAAACUCAAAGAAAAGCUGUUAUGUCUCCUGUGGACUUUCACACACUGCUGUUUUGACCAAAGACGGGGCCGUGUUCACAUUUGGCUCAGGUCGCCACGGGCAACUCGGACAUAACUCCAUCAGGGACGAGCUACGACCACGACUUGUGGCAGAACUCUGGGGCACUAAGGUUACGCAGGUGGCAUGUGGCAGGCAGCACACGUUGGUGAUGACAGAGGCUCAGAGGCUGUUCUCUUUUGGUUCUGGAGAUCAUGGACAGCUCGGACGCGGCAACAGUCAUACGGCUGUCCCUUUGCCUGUCCGUCUGCCGCCAGAGCAUUGUGAUGGAGUCCAAAUUGCCAAGAUCUUUGCCGGAGCCAACUGUUCUUUUGCCACAUGUCCAGAGGAUGUAGAUACUGUGACUGACAUAGUCCCCUGGGAUGGACAGCCCAGUCUGGAAGAUCUGAUUCUCAAUUGGACGUCAGGCUCCACACAAUGGAAACAGACUAAACUCAAAGAAAUCCACAAGACAUUCUCCUCUUUGUCACGUUUGAACAGAAGCUUUCUUGAACAUAGAAAAGAAAAGCACUUCCAAACAUCAACAAAUUAUUGUGGCUUGGACCUCCCUGCUGCUGAAAGAUCUUUCGCUCGUCUGCUCGACAAUGGCGCUGUUUUGAAGCAGGUGGAGGCUUCUGUCCUGGAAGGCCUCCUCUCUCUGAACCAGGCCCCAGUGGGAGUGGAGGGUCUAAGGGUCUAUCUGCUCCUCACUGAGCUGCUGGUGGUGGUCCUCAAACACCACCAAGACUCAGUGUUGCCAAAGACAGUGGCUGGUGUCAUUUGCCAGCUUCCUCCCGAGAGCCUGAAAGUCUUAAGAGACUGGCACGACUCGCUGCCAUUUGGUACCAGAAAAAGACACAUUGAGAUGUGGAUAAAUGCUUUGUCUCAAAUGCUACAACAACACUUAGAUAUUAGUGGUCCCUUGAAGCCCUCAAACCUGGUGCAGAUCCUUGAAGACAUGUACAACAUAAACACUACAAAGACAGGUGAUGAAAAACUUCCAGAAAGAAUAUUUUAUUUGAGGCUGAGUGACACCUUCCUUCAAGAGGACGUGAUUCAGUGGCGGUCCACAAAAGCAAGAACGUACCGAUGUGGAAAGCCAUUUGUCCUGUGUGACUACACGUUCCUGAUGGAUCUUCCUUCUAAGAAAAAAGUCUUCGACUUGGAUUGCACAUGGACUCAGGCAGAAAACCAGCAACACCAGAGCUAUUUGAACUGGUUUUUUGGAUUGUUUACUUCACCGCAGCCUGAUUUAUUCCAUCUCAGAUUGAAGAGAGAGUCUCUUGUAGAAGACACGUUCCAACAGUUGGCAGUUUGUUCUAAAGCAGAGUUGAGAAAGCCUCUCAUAGUGCAUUUUGAUGGAGACUCUAAAAACUCACUCGUUUACACAAGAGAUCUUUUUCACCAUCUUUUUCUGCAGCUUGUUUCUGUUGACUCUGAAUUGCUUGUGUUAAAUGAAUCCCAAACAUUGGUUUGGUUUCCCUCUCAACAGUUAUCAAAGAAGAAGAAACAACAGUUCUUCCUUCUUGGGAAGCUUUGUGGUUUGGCUUUAUACAACCAGUGCAUCAUCCAGCUGCCCUUCCCUCUGGCUUUGUUCAAGAAGCUGCUGCGUCUAGAGCCGUGUCUGGAGGAUCUCACUGAGCUCAGCCCAAGUAUCGGACAAAGCUUACAGUACGUUCUGAACUACGAACAUGAUGUUGAAGAGGACUUGCAUAUGUAUUUUACAAUAAACUGGGAUAAGACUGAGGUUGAACUUGAUCCUUCAAAUCCUGGGAAGCCAGUGACAAAUGGCAAUAGACAGGAGUUUGUGGAUGCGUAUGUGCAGCACGUCUUCACCACAUCAGUGCAGAGGGCAUUUGAGGAGUUCAGACGUGGCUUCUUCCAGGUGUGCGAGGAGUCCACGGUGCAGCUCUUCAGGCCGGAGGAGCUGAGGGGCGUCAUGGUGGGCUCCCAAAACUAUGACUGGGCAAUCUUCAAACAGGGCGCUGUUUGUGACACCCCUUUUUACGAAGAUCAUCCCACCAUUCUGAUGUUUUGGGAAGUUUUUGAAGAACUAGAUGAGGAACAAAAGAAGGAUUUCUUGUGGUUUCUGACUGGAUACAGACGAGCUCCAGUCUUUGGACUGGGUCAGAUUAAAAUGAGAAUCAGGGAGAAAUUUGUCAUUGACCGCUGCACUGAUAAGCACUUUCCUGAGUCCCUCACGUGUCACUCCAUCCUCGAUCUGCCUCUGUACUCCUCUAAAGAGAUCAUGAAAGACAGAGUGACUGAAGCCAUCCAGUCCGAGGCCGGGUUCAGAGUGUGA